GGAUUCAUCGAUACUAUUUUGGCAGACGUGAAUUCUAGAAUAUUUCUGCCGAUUACUAUACCAUGAUAGCUUCUUUCAUUUUCGUCGUGUGUUUAAUUGCGAUAGUAAUAUUUAUAAGGUAAGGAAAUGAUUGUAGCACAUAUUCAAUUGAAUCUCAGAAGCGUCACUUCGUUGAACGUGUUAAAACCGUUGCGUUUAAAAACACAUAACCCCUACACCAACUACAAUAUCAUUUAAUAAUAAUCGGACGUUCAUUUGAAAGAUUUGUGUUCGUAUAUGUACACGUGAGAAAUGAAUAGGAGCGACGAGAACAAGGAGAAGGAUUGUCGAUCGAAAAAGUUUCUAACCAAGAGAACAAUGGACGAGAAAAACAAAAAAAAUUCUUUUUAUAUCGCGCCGCAUACGGAGCGGAACGCCUCAGGUCGUAAUUGGGAAUUAUUUAAGAAUAUAGCUGCCAACUCAUCGUCACAAGAUAUAUACGCUUCUGGUAAAGAACUGGUCGAGAAAAAGUCUGUUGUCUAUCGUCCGAAAACUCAGAAAAAGCUUUAUACGUCUCAACCGAAUCUGAACACUAGAUUACAAUUGGUUAGAGAUACUGUAAAAGAUGAAAUAAACAAUGCCAAACUGACGAAGCACCUAGCGAUGGAUUGCGAAAUGGUAGGCAUAGGUGAUGGCACAGAAAGUAUGAUAGGUAGAGUGUCUAUUGUAAAUAGUCAUGGUUGUUGCGUUUACGAUAAGUAUGUUAAGCCCAGAGAGCGUGUUCAGGACUAUAGAACUAGAGUCAGUGGUAUCCGCCCACACAAUCUUCAGAAUGGGGAAGAUUUUCAGAUUGUUCAAAAAGAAGUAGCAGAGAUUUUAAGAGGUCGUAUUCUUAUCGGACAUGCUUUGAAGUAUGACCUAGAUGUAUUGUAUCUAUCUCAUCCAAGAAAACAUUUGAGAGAUACUUCUAGAUUUAAAAUUUUUAAACAAUUGUCUGAAGGAUAUACACCUAGCUUAAAGAAACUUGCCUUGGAAUUAUUAGGUAGAGAAAUACAAACUGGAGAACAUAGUUCAGUUGAGGAUGCACGAGCUGCGAUGCAACUGUAUUUAUUAUACAAAAACAAAUGGGAGUCUGAGUUUUAUUCCAGACGAUAGUUGAAAUUGAAUAUUCUUUUCAAAGAAUAGAACAUUCUUCCAUUCAUCUCUCAAAACUGUAAAUAUACGAGAAAGUUCGCUAAUAAGUACUCAUCCUGAAAAUUGUAGUUUUAUUCAGUACAGAUUGAAAGACACAUAAAUAUGCAGGCAAGUUCCAGUAUUAUGCAAUGUUAUAAUAAUUUAUGAGAAAGUGACUUUGUUUUGAUAGAUUCAAUCCCCUAUAAAAUAUUGCAACAUUGUGAGAUAGAGAAAACGCUGUGUAUUUAUAUUAAAUAUAUAAGAUGAAAUCAGACUAACUCAUUCUUUUUUAAGAUUAUAUUUAUAUCAAGGACCAAUUGUCAAUAACUUACAUAUAUGGAAAGUUAUUUAAAAUAUAUGACUAUAUUUCUGACACACUUGUGUAAAUCCAAAUGUAUAAAUAGAAAAUGUUGUGAGAGUGUAAAGAAUUUUGUUAACAAUUAAAGAAUAUAUUUCUUUUUCAUACAGA